GUUCGAAAUCGGAAAUUUGGAAAGCAUUCACCGCCAAGAUGAACACCGAGAAGCCUCCGUCCCAGGGGUUUGUUUUCGACGACGGGUACAGGGACGUAAACAUGAAGCUGGCUGAACCAGAUCCGCAGCACAACUGCUACUUCCGCGUGCCUUUCAAGUACGAGGAGGCCAACGUUACGCUCGCCGAUUGCCCUGUGGUCCGCGGGAGACAGUAUUCGUUAUCGGACGUAAGGAAGGUAGUUCAUGACUACAUCGAUUCCUUCUUCUACAAGAACGACGGAUACUUCGUGACCUCGUGCGCUUCGACAUACUGCGCCUUCUUCGGCAUUCACGUGCCCGUCAUGAUGGUGGCGAUCGGAGAAGGUGGUGAUGGCAAGGGCGCAUUCGAUAUUCUGGAGUCUUCGCUUUUUGGCCAGCAGAACUCGGCCACCCUCGACCCCGCCAUAUUCGUCGACGACAACGAGUGGCGGAAAAGUGCGCACUUCGGCCUUCACAAGAAGCGAGUGUGCAUUAAAGAGUCGAAAACCCUUUCAGCCAACGUCAGGAUCAACGUGGACGUGCUCAAACGCUUCAUUGCGGGCGAGGAGAUGAUCGUCAGGGCAAACUGCGGAUUCUCCAGCGAAGUUCGUUACAACAAAAUGAAGAAGCAGCAGAGCUGCAAUUACGACGACGUCUCUCCUGUCAUGUCGAUUCCCCGAAGCGUUGCCGCGCAGGAUCUUGAAGUGCGCGGGGAAGAAGGAGCACCCCGAAAGUCCCCCACGGAGUCAGUGGACCGCCGUUAUUUGGCGUCGGCCGUGGGCCUUGCAACGCUGGUUAUCGACAGUAAAGACGUCGACCACGAGAACGGCCGCUUCUUGAAAAUUGCUUCGGAUAUUUUGGAAAAUAUAUUGGCGUGCCCUGCUGGAGCUCACGUGUAUUUCAGAGAGAUUCCACAGCCGACUUGGGAUGCACUCGGGGACACGUCGGCCAUUGUGAGCACACUCGAACCAGAUAAUCUCGAUGAGCACAUGAAGGUGUCCACGCGCUGGUACAUCCAGCGUCUGACCAACCAGCAGUGCGAUCCAAGGCCCAAGUGCGUCAUGGAUAUAUCACCUGGCGCCGCAGGUUCGGCUUUCACAAAAUUUGUGACGCUCGCAAAAAGCUGUGGGCCUUUGGCCGAAUACUUGAUCCAGAAGGACACCGAUGUCAAUUUCUUCGGCAAGCAGCAGCUCUAUGCAUUAGUAUUUCCAGUUGAUACUGACAAGAUGUUGAAACUUACCCGGUCUUUUGACAUCCCAGCGCCGACGGCAAGUCCCAGCGAAAGAUGGCUCAUGGGAGCUCGGCCUGAGGAUAAAGACUACCUGUUGUCUGAUGAAGAGCAGGAAUUCCGUCAGGCAAACUGCUCCGUUGCGUGCGCGGUGGCGGACGUCGUGGACAUCAACGGCUUGGUUGCCCACGUCGAUUCUGGCGUCGACCGGCGGCAGGCCCAGAUUCAAGGAGGCGUUUUAGAACUCGACAUGAAGGUUGCGUUUUUCAGCUUGUUGGUUGUUGCCUUAAAGCAGCACGAUCAGCUCAACGUCGAAGCAGAGUUCCCGCUUCUGUGCAACGUUGUCAGCAACUGGGACGGAUGGAAGACUUUUGUGUCUAAGUACUUCGACGUCGAGGUGGCCGUCGCGAAGAAGCUGCUGAUUUCGGCAACCAGCCCCUACGGGCGGCAGUCGCCAAAUCCACAGGAGCGGCCUGACUGGCUCCCACACUUGGACUGUUUGCAGACGGAAAUAGUCAAUGCUUCUCGGUUUCUUCUCGAGCACGACGUUCUUUACCAGGAGGUCGCGAAGGCGCGACCAGAUUGCAGCUCGCUGCACAUCUUCCUCGGCGAACUGGAGUGCAGUGUCCUGAUGGACAUGAAGCACCUGUUGGAAGAAGCAGGUGCGGUGCCGAUCUCUUUAGUCUACGACGGUAUUUACUUCAGACCCAUGGGGCUCGACGUGCACGACGAGAACUUCAUCGCACAUGUGUCUGCGAUCGAAGCCGGCCACAAAAUACUCUGA